UAGAGCGAUUAGUGGGAGAAUCACUCGUAUGGAUCCGGAUCAAUCUGGCAACCCAGACUGGCAGCAGCCUUUUUGAGCCUCUUGAAUUUCAUUCAUUCGUUCGGAGGAGACGGACGCCGGAGCGGCACGAGACACUGACAGUCCGAGACGCGUCUGCACUGCACGAGCUGAGCCUCAUCCUCAUCCUCAUCCUCCCAGCGCCGUGAGGAAGGUGCGCCUCUGACACACCGGCCCAUGAUGUGACCACCAAAGAGAAUGUUAUCCUCAGUCCACCGGUAGCAGGAGAAAAGGACCACAGCUUCAGUCUUUGUGAAACUGACCUGAUGUCUCUGAGAAUGGAGGAACAUGACGAUGCUGGACUUAAAUGUCCUAUGACGAAACUUCUGUUUCUGAUUUGUUUUUCUUCCAUCUUCUUGUCUGUCUGUUCUUGUGAGAACCUUAAUGUCUUCCAGUCUGAGAGACCUGAAUGGAGUCUGAGUCACCUGGCUGUCCACCAGGCGAGUGGUGCGGUGUACGUGGGUGGAGUCAACCGCGUGUACAAGCUCUUGCCCGAUCUGUCGCCACUGAUCACGCACAACACCGGGCCGGAGCUGGACAACCAGGCCUGUUAUCCUCCUCUGAUCAUGCAGCCGUGCUCUGAGCCUCUUGCCAGAACCGACAAUGUCAACAAGCUCCUGCUUGUCGACGACCUGCACAACCGCCUACUGGCAUGUGGUAGCCUCUACCAGGGCGUGUGCAAGAUCCUGAGACUGGAUGAUCUGUUCAUCUUGGCCGAACCGUCUCACAAAAAGGAGCACUACUUCUCCAGCUUGAACCAGACCGGCGGCAUGAGCGGCGUGAUCGUCAGCCGAGAUCGAGGCAGAGACCGCGAGAGAGACGCCACUCUGUACAUCGGCACGUCUGUUGGAGGCAAACAGGACUACUUCCCUACAAUCUCGAGCCGAAAGCUGCCUAAAGACCCAGAAUCGGCAGCCAUGUUGGACUAUGAGCUUCACACCGACUUUGUUUCAUCGCUAGUCAAGAUUCCGUCUGAUACGUUAGCUCUGGUUACACACUUCGACAUUGACUACGUGUACGGUUUCUCCAGCGGCAGCUUUGUGUACUUCCUGACGGUGCAGCCGGAGACAGAGACCCCUGGAGAGCUCUUUUAUACGUCGCGUGUGGUUCGACUCUGCAAAGGUGACGAUAAGUUCCAUUCGUACGUCUCCCUGCCGGUGGGCUGUGUGAAGAACAGAGUAGAGUAUCGUCUGCUGCAGGCAGCAUUUCUGGCUAAAGCCGGGAGCGUCAUGGCCGCCGCCCUGAACGUCACCGAGCGAGACGAUGUGCUCUUCGCUGUCUUCUCCAAAGGACAGAAACAGUAUCAGAGACCAUCAGACGACUCAACGCUCUGCAUUUUCACCAUCAGGGAUAUUAAUGCACGGAUUAAAGAGAGACUGAGGUCAUGCUAUCAGGGGGAAGGAAACCUGGAGCUGCACUGGCUUCUGGGAAAAGACGUUCAGUGCACAAAAGCGCCGGUGCCUAUAGGAGAUGUUUUCUGUGGUUUGGACAUUAAUCAGCCUCUCGGUGGUUCAGAGCUUGUUUCAGGUUUCCCUGUUUACACUGAGACAUUAGAGCGUCUUACUGCUGUGUCUGCGUACGUGUACAACGGCUACAGCGUGGCUUUCCUCGGCACCCGAUCUGGGAACAUCCGUAAGGUGCGUGUAGACGGCGUGUCUGCGCUCCUCUAUGAGACGGUGAAGGUGAUGAAGGAUGGAAGUUCUGUUCUUCCUGACAUGGCCUUUUCUCCAGAUCACCAUCACCUGUACACCAUGAGCCGCACCCAGGUGGUCCAGGUACCAGUGGAACACUGUGAACAGUAUUCGCGGUGUGAGGAGUGUUUGAGAUCAGGAGAUCCACACUGCGGCUGGUGUGUCCUCCACAACAAGUGUGUGAGACGGGACCGCUGCGAGCGCUCAGACGAACCUUUCCGAUUCACUGAUGUGAUUGGGCGAUGUGUAAAAGUCUCCGCCUACCCGGACAACGUGGCGAUGUCAGAACAUGGCGUCCCUCUGCUGCUGGAGGUUAGUAACGUUCCUGACCUUUCUGCUGGGGUCACCUGCUCCUUUGGAAACCUGGCAAAGGUCGAAGGUCAUGUCAGCGGGAACAGCAUCAUGUGUCUGUCUCCGACUGCCCAGGAUGUCCCGCUGAUCCCCGCUGACCGAGACUGGUCAGGUGUGGAGUUAAAGGUUGUUUCUAAGGAGACGGGUCAUAUGUUGGUGAGCACAGAGGUGAAGUUCUACAACUGCAGCACACACACCAUGUGUUUGUCAUGUGUGAGCAGUGCAUUUCAGUGUCACUGGUGUAAAUACAGAAACACCUGCACACAUGACCCGAACAGCUGCUCCUUCCUCGAGGGACAUGUCAAUGCAUCAGAGUUGUGUCCUCAGCUGGUGAGCUCAGGGGAGGUGGUGAUUGCAGCAGGAGACGUGAAGCCAAUCACGCUGAAGGCCCGGAACCUUCCACAGCCUCAAUCAGGGCAGAGAGGCUACGAGUGUGUGUUCAACAUCCAGGGAGUGACACACAGAGUUACGGCCCUGCGCUUUAACAGCACCAGUGUACAGUGUCAGAACCGCUCGUAUGUGUACGAGGGGAUGAAGGUCAGUGAGCUGGCAGUUGAUCUGUCCAUCAUGUGGAACAACAACUUCAUCAUCGACAAUCCUGAGAGAAUUAAAGUGCAUCUGUAUAAGUGUGGUGCUCAAAGGGAAAGCUGUGGUGUGUGUCUGAAGGCUGAGCGAAGGUUCUCUUGUGGUUGGUGUGAGAGCGAGAGUCGCUGUAUGCUGCGUAAACACUGCACGUCACCAGGAGCGUCACUCGGCUCCCCGUGGCUCGGACCGAACCAACACCACAAGUGUACACACCCCCGCAUCACAGAGGUGUAUCCUCUGUCUGGUCCUCCUCAUGGCGGGACCAUGGUGACGAUCCGGGGUGUGAACCUUGGCAUGUCUCUGUCAGAGCUGCAGGGGCGAGUGGAGGUGGCUGGAGUCCCGUGUCACACCCGAUCUGAGGGUUACAUCACUGCAGAACAGCUGGUAUGUGAGAUGGAUUCAGCACCUAUGGGCAGUUCUCCUGGUCCAGUGCAGCUGUGUGUGUCAGAAUGCAGGCCAGAGCUAAGCACACACUCCUCUCAGCUCUACACAUUUGUGAGCCCCAGUGUGUCAGCGCUGACCCCGAACCGAGGGCCCGUUUCUGGAGGAACCAAGGUAACCAUACUGGGUCAGAACCUGAGCGCAGGCAGCAGUGUGAAUGUACGCUUCGGAAACAACACCUGUGAGUUUUCCAGUCGGAGUGCCACAGAGAUCGUUUGUGUUUCAGCACCUUCUCUUUACAGCGAGGGCUCAGUUCUGGUUCAGGUCGGAGUUGAUCGGGCCGAGCUUAACACCAAACUGAGCUUCGAGUACAUUGAGGAUCCAACAGUACAGAGCAUAGAACCUGAGUGGAGCAUCACCAGUGGACACACCACCAUUACAGUGACCGGCACUAAUCUAGAUGUGGUGCAGGAGCCUCGGGUUCGUGUUAAAUACAGCGGGCGUGAGUUUGUGAACGUGUGUGAAGCGGUAAACUCCACCUCAAUCCGCUGCUCUGCUCCGCCUCUGACGGCUGAUGUUGCCCUGGGGCAGGAUUCAGUGAAGCAGGCAGACGAGUUUGGCUUCAUCUUCAAUAACGUACAUGCUCUGCUCACUUACAACAGCACCAGCUUCGUUUAUUACCCCAAUCCCUCAUUUGAACCUCUGAGUGCGUCUGGAGCGCUGCAGCAGAAACCGGGAUCACCCAUCAUUCUCAAAGGCAGGAAUCUGGUUCCAUCAGCACCAGGAGGUUCCAAACUGAACUACACUGUCCUGGUUGGUGAUGUUCCCUGCCUCAUCACCGUCUCUGAGACACAGCUGCUGUGUGAACCACCUCCUCUGACCGGCCAGCACAGAGUCACGGUCCAAGUGGGUGGUCUCCAACUGUCUCCAGGUUCAGUUCACAUCCAGUCAGACAGUCUCCUUACGUUACCCGCCAUCUUCAGCAUUGCAGCAGGGGGAGGCCUGCUCUUCAUCAUCGUCAUCCUCGUACUGAUUGCCUACCGACGCAAGUCACACGAGAACGACCUCACACUCAAGCGGCUGCAUAUGCAAAUGGACAACUUGGAGUCAAGAGUGGCUCUGGAAUGCAAAGAAGCUUUUGCAGAGCUCCAGACAGACAUAAACGAGCUGACGAGUGAUCUGGACCGGGCUGGAAUCCCACACCUGGAUUACCGCACCUAUAUCAUGAGGAUCCUGUUUCCAGGCAUGGACGACCACCCGGUGCUCCGAGAGCUGGAGGUGGCGGGCUGUGGGCAGCAGCGUGUAGAAAAGGCUCUGAAGCAGCUGGGCCAGCUGGUGAACAAUAAGACAUUUGUGCUGUCAUUUAUCCACACACUGGAGCUGCAGCGCUCGUUCUCCAUGCGCGAUCGUGGCUACGUGGCGUCACUCAUCAUGACUGCGUUGCACAACAGACUAGAGUUCAUCACUGACAUCCUCAAACAGCUGCUCUCUGAGCUCAUCACCAAGAGCAUGGAGAGCAAGAACCACCCCAAACUACUGCUGCGCCGGACGGAGUCAGUAGCAGAGAAGAUGCUGACAAAUUGGUUUGCCUUCUUGCUUCACAAGUUCCUGAAGGAGUGUGUGAGUGAGCCGCUCUUCAUGCUGUACUGUGCUAUAAAGCAGCAGAUGGAGAAAGGGCCGAUUGACGCUGUCACAGGAGAGGCUCGUUACUCGCUCAGUGAGGACAAACUCAUCCGCCAACAGAUUGACUACAAAACAUUGACGGUUUGCUGUGUGGAUGGAGAUCAGGAGAAUGGGGGUAUGGAGGUGGUGGUGAAGGUGAUAAACUGUGACACCAUCACACAGGUGAAGGAGAAAAUUCUUGAUGCCAUCUAUAAGAACAUCCCAUACUCUCAGAGGCCACGUGCAGGAGACAUGGAUUUGGAAUGGCGUCAAGGGCGCACAGCACGUGUGGUCCUACAGGACGAGGACAUCACCACUAAAAUCGAAAACGACUGGAAACGACUCAACACACUCGUGCACUAUCAGGUAUCUGAUCGUUGUGUGGUGGCUCUGGUACCUAAGCAGACGUCCUCUUACAACAUCUCAACGUCAGCCAGCUUUCCUCGGAGCUUCAGCCGAUACGAUUCAGUCCUACGCUCCGUGUCAGGGGGCAGUCCAGAGCUCUCGCGCUCCCGAGUGCCAAUGAUUACACCAGACCUGGAGAGCGGAGUUAAAGUUUGGCAUCUGGUCAAAAACCACGAACAUGGAGACCAAAAAGAAGCUGAGCGUGGCAGCAAGAUGGUGUCUGAGAUCUAUCUUACCCGCCUUCUGGCCACCAAGGGCACGUUGCAGAAGUUUGUAGAUGAUCUGUUCGAGACGCUCUUCAGCACGGCCAAUCGUGGCAGCGCGCUCCCGCUCGCCAUCAAAUAUAUGUUCGACUUCCUGGACGAGCAGGCGGACAAACAUGGCAUCCACGACCCUGACGUCCGUCACACGUGGAAGAGUAACUGUCUUCCUCUGCGUUUCUGGGUGAACGUCAUCAAAAACCCACAGUUUGUGUUCGACAUCCAUAAGAACAACAUUACGGAUGCGUGUUUGUCUGUCGUGGCUCAGACCUUCAUGGACUCGUGCUCAACUUCGGAACAUCGACUCGGCAAAGACUCGCCUUCGAACAAACUCCUCUAUGCUAAAGACAUCCCGCACUAUAAGAGCUGGGUAGAGCGGUACUAUGCCGAUAUAAGCCGUCUACCGUCCAUCAGCGAUCAGGACAUGAAUGCGUAUUUGGCCGAGCAGGCGCGUCUUCAUUCACACGAGUUUAACACACUCAGUGCCUUGCACGAGAUCUAUGCCUACAUCAGGAAGUACAGCCUGGAGAUAGUGCAGUCUCUGAAGCAGGACACAUUGGCCCAGAAACAAAGACUCGCCUACAAACUGGAGCAGCUCAUUGCGGAUAUGGACCACGAGAGCUGAUCUGAAGUGAAAAAAAAACCCAAACAAACAAAAAACAAAAACAAGAACAAAAAGGGCCACAGACUGAUCAACUGAAUCAUCUGAAAGAGAACUGAACUGAGAUCACGGGUCAUGGUGACGAGUCGUGGUGCGAUCGCCUUCCAUCUCCGUAUCGAAGGUUUCACUCCAACAUGACGUUUGCUUUAUAUUUUCAUUCAAAAUCAAGAGACAUUAAAUACCAUAAUACGAACUAUCUACCUAGCUUUUUGUGCUAGAAUAGUAAACAUAAAACAAUGCAAGAGACGUAGAACUAGUUCAGAUCUCCUUAUCACAGCUACUCAAGUCUACAGAACAGAUCGAGGUUAUACCAUAAAUAUCACCAUCUACUGCGUGAAGUGGAAAGCGCCGGUUCUCAAAAGGCACCUUAAGCAAAGGACACGUUAAAAUAUUACAGCCUAUGCGUUAGAAUUUCAGACAUUCUUUCACUUUCAUGUACACGUUUGCUAAUGCAGAGAUUUUGGGUUUACAUUAUGCAUGACAGAAAUAUGCCCGUAUUUAUUCUCGCAAAAAAUUCAUUAACAUCUUUAUUAACUUCAGUGUGUGUGACUCGUGUCUGUAACGGAUAUAAACUCGAGAGCAGAACAAGUGUGUGAAGCCGCCUGAAGUCCAUGACCUUUGACGCGGAUUAAUUUUUAAUUACACCAGUACAUAAGCUCUGUUUAUAUGGACCAAUGGUUUAGCUAGGGCCAAAGGUCAUGUCUUUUAAAAUAGUAUGAAGGCUCAAGCGUAUGUAAGUGUGUGUUGUUUACACGUUAAAAAAACGAAAAACAUGAGUGUAAUUUGUUUUUCCAUCACUGUACUGAUGAGCUUCCAAUGUCUUUUUAACCAAACCUUCCUUUUCUAACACGUGUGAUGGUCUUUUGUCCGUGCUGGUUGGUUAUCACGCAUGACACAUAUGACGCUUUGGAACGAAACUUAUUUGUAAGAUGUCAAAUGGAGCUGUAUUUAAAAAAAAAAAACAAAAAGUAUUGUUCAUAAUUCUGAAAUAUUCAAACUUGACUACUGCUGUCAUAAUUCACACUUAUUGGUUUAUUAGUUGUUUAAAUGUAUUUAUUAUUUUACAUAAAACAUUUUAUUGUGCUGUUAUGUUUUGCUGGUUCUUAUUUAUUUGUUCUUUGGUUUAAUGUGU